UGAGUGCCCAAAGUGCGACACGGUUUUGGGGUCCUCGAGGUCUCUUGGUGGUCACAUGACUAUGAUGCACUCGAGGAACUCGUGCAAAACCCUGAAAUGUCCCAAAUGUAACUGGCACUACAAAUAUCAGCAGACUUUGGAGGCCCAUAUGAAGGAGAAGCACCCCGAGCCGGGUGGUUCUUGUGUUUAUUGUAAGACUGGACAGCCUCACCCCAGGCUUGCCCGGGGAGAGAGUUACACGUGUGGCUAUAAACCUUUCCGGUGUGAGGUUUGUAACUACUCUACCACUACCAAAGGCAACCUCAGUAUUCAUAUGCAGUCUGACAAGCACCUGAACAAUGUUCAGAAUCUCCAAAAUGGCAACGGAGAGCAGGUGUUUGGCCACUCUGCUCCGGCCCCCAACACCAGCCUUAGUGGCUGCGGAACACCCUCCCCGUCCAAACCCAAACAGAAACCCACCUGGCGCUGUGAGGUCUGUGACUAUGAAACCAAUGUGGCGAGGAACCUCCGGAUUCACAUGACCAGCGAGAAACACAUGCACAAUAUGAUGUUGCUACAGCAGAACAUGAAACAGAUUCAGCACAACCUGCACCUGGGCCUGGCCCCGGCCGAGGCCGAGCUCUACCAGUACUACCUGGCUCAGAACAUUGGCCUGACCGGAAUGAAGCUGGAAAACCCUGCAGACCCUCAGCUCAUGAUUAACCCGUUCCAGCUGGAUUCGGCUACAGCAGCGGCUUUGGCACCGGGACUUGUAAAUAAUGAGCUGCCGCCUGAAAUCCGGCUUGCCAGUGGUCAGCUAAUGGGUGAUGACCUGUCCCUCCUUACUGCAGGAGAGCUGUCACCUUAUAUCAGUGACCCGGCGCUGAAGCUAUUCCAGUGUGCUGUUUGCAACAAAUUCACCUCUGACAGCCUGGAGGCCCUAAGCGUGCAUGUGAACAGCGAGCGCUCUCUCCCCGAAGAGGAAUGGAGGGCUGUAAUUGGAGAUAUCUACCAGUGCAAGCUCUGCAACUACAACACACAGCUCAAAGCCAACUUCCAGCUCCACUGCAAGACUGAUAAGCAUAUGCAGAAAUACCAAUUGGUGGCUCACAUCAAAGAAGGGGGUAAAAGCAAUGAAUGGAGGCUGAAGUGUAUUGCCAUCGGCAACCCCGUUCACCUAAAGUGUAACGCCUGUGACUACUACACCAACAGUGUGGAUAAAUUACGUCUGCAUACGGCCAAUCACAGGCAUGAGGCGGCCCUGAAACUCUACAAGCAUUUGCAGAAGCAAGAGGGUGCGGUGAAUUCUGAAUCCUGCUAUUACUACUGUGCCGUGUGUGAUUACUCCUCCAAGAUCAAGCUAAACCUGGUCCAACACGUUCGGUCGGUGAAGCAUCAGCAGACUCAGGGGCUGCGAAAGCUCCAGCUGCACCAACAAGGUGUGCCAUCAGAGGAGGACAACCUCAGCGAGAUCUUUUUUGUUAAAGACUGUCCAGCAAAUGAGCUUGAAACUGCCUCUUUGGGAGCCAGGACCGGUGAGGACGAACUUACAGAACAGCAGUUGAGGGCAACCUCAGAAGAGCAGAGUGAAGAGGCAGGAGGAGCCCUGAAGCCUACUUCAGUGACUGAGGAUGAUGAGACAGAAACGCAGAGAGACAAUAGUGAAGGCAAAAGCUCUAAUAAAGACCCUGGAAUAAUCACCCCAGAGAAAGAGCUGAAAGUCAGUGUGGCAGGGGGCACACAGCCACUUCUGCUAGCCAAAGAAGAGGACGCAGGGACAAAGAGGUCAAAACCUACAGAGGACAACAAAUUUUGUCACGAACAGUUCUACCAGUGUCCUUAUUGCAACUACAAUAGUAGGGACCAAAGUCGGAUCCAGAUGCAUGUCCUGUCACAGCAUUCUGUACAGCCAGUCAUCUGCUGUCCCCUCUGCCAGGAUGUCCUCAGCAACAAAAUGCACCUCCAGCUGCAUCUGACCCAUUUGCACAGUGUGUCUCCAGACUGUGUGGAGAAACUGCUUAUGACAGUGCCUGUCCCUGAUGUAAUGAUGCCAAACAGUUUGCUACUGCCAGCAGCUGCCCCUGAGAAAUCAGAUCGGGACCCACCUGCAGCCAUGUCAGCAGAGGGUUCUGGAAAAUAUUCAGGUGAAAGCCCAGUGGAUGACAAAAGUAUAGCAGGUCUUGAGGAUUCAAAGGGAGGUGUGGAAAUAAAGAGUGAGGAGCAGAGACCAGCCAAGGAGCCCCUGGAGGCACCAGAAAGGAAUAAAAACAGCAGUAAGGGUGUGAAAACCUCAGACACCCUGCAAGAUCAACCGGGUGAACAACAAAAGAGGCAGCCCUUAUCAGUUUCUGACCGCCAUGUUUAUAAGUAUCGUUGUAAUCACUGUAGCUUGGCUUUUAAAACUAUGCAGAAGCUUCAGAUACAUUCCCAGUAUCACGCAAUCCGGGCCGCUACAAUGUGUAACCUCUGCCAACGGAGUUUCCGUACAUUCCAGGCUUUAAAAAAACACUUGGAAGCAGGCCACCCCGAACUGAGCGAAGCUGAACUCCAACAGCUAUAUGCCUCCUUGCCAAUGAAUGGAGAACUCUGGGCAGAGGGUGAAACGAUGCCCCAGGAUGACCAUGGCCUAGAUCAGGAGAUGGAGAGAGAGUAUGAGGUGGACCACGAAGGGAAGGCGAGUCCUGUAGGAAGUGACAGUAGCUCUAUUCCCGAUGACCUGGGCUCUGAACCAAAGCGGACCUUACCUUUUAGAAAAGGACCCAAUUUUACAAUGGAGAAAUUCCUUGAUCCAUCUCGCCCUUAUAAAUGUACAGUGUGUAAAGAGUCGUUCACCCAAAAGAACAUCCUCUUGGUCCAUUAUAAUUCAGUGUCUCACUUGCAUAAGUUGAAAAAGGUUCUGCAAGAAGCCUCCAGUCCUGUCCCGCAGGAAACCAACAGCAGCACAGACAACAAGCCCUACAAGUGUAGCAUUUGCAGUGUUGCCUACAGCCAAAGCUCGACCUUGGAGAUCCACAUGAGGUCUGUGCUCCACCAGACAAAGGCCAGGGCUGCAAAGCUGGAGCCAAGUGGGCACCUAACAGGUGGGCACAGCAUCACAACCAAUGUGACCAGCCCCGGCCAAGGAAUGUUAGAAUCCAUGAGCUUAGCUUCAGUCAACAGCAAAGAUACCCACUUAGAUGCCAAAGAAUUAAGCAAAAAGCAAACCCCCGAAUUAAUUUCUGCUCAGCCUUCCCAUCAUCCACCGCCUCGGUCACCAGCACAAAUCCAGAUGCAACUUCAGCACGAGCUGCAGCAACAGGCGGCCUUCUUCCAGCCGCAGUUUCUCAACCCAGCCUUUCUGCCCCAUUUUCCAAUGACCCCAGAGGCGCUGCUCCAGUUCCAGCAACCACAGUUUCUCUUUCCCUUCUACAUACCCGGGGCAGAGUUUAGCUUGGGGCCAGAUCUGGGCUUACCCAGCUCUGCGGCCUUUGGGAUGCCAGGUAUGACAGGCAUGGCCGGCUCCUUGCUUGAAGAUCUGAAACAACAGAUCCAAACCCAACAUCACGUUGGCCAAACUCAGCUUCAGCUUCUCCAACAACAAGCACAGCAAUACCAAGCUGCCCAGCCCCAGCUGCAGCCGCAAGGUCAGCAGCCGCCCCCACCGCAGCAGCCGCUACAACAGCCAGCAGGCAAAUUGUUGAAACAAGAGCAAGGUAGCCUGGCAAGUACAGACUGCCAGCUCAUGAAGGACGUGCCAUCUUACAAGGAGGCGGAAGAUGUGGCUGAAAAGCAGGAGAAACCAAAGCAAGAAUUUACAAGCGAUAGCGAAGGAUUCAAAGACAGCAAGGACACAAAGAAGCAAAAGUCCUCAGAACCCUGUAUUCCUCCACCCCGAAUAGCCUCGGGGGCCAGGGGAAAUGCAGCCAAAGCUUUACUGGAGAACUUCGGUUUUGAGUUGGUCAUUCAGUACAAUGAGAACAGGCAGAAGGUGCAGAGGAAGGGCAAAAUCGGCGAAGGCGAAAACUCCGACAAGCUGGAAUGCGGAACGUGUGGCAAAUUGUUCUCGAAUGUUCUUAUUUUAAAGAGCCACCAAGAACAUGUGCAUGGGCAAUUUUUCCCAUACGGAGCACUAGAGAAAUUUGCUCGCCAAUACAGGGAGGCCUACGACAAGCUUUAUCCAAUUUCUCCUCCCUCCCCAGAAACGCCACCGCCUCCGCCUCCUCCUCCUCUGCCACCUGCACCCCCACAGCCUUCUACCCUGGGGCCAGUGAAAAUCCCAAACACAGUCUCUGCUCCUCUGCAAGCUCCACCACCUACCCCUCCACCGCCUCCCCCUCCCCCUCCCCCACCGCCUCCUCCCCCUCCUCCCCCCACCGCACCCCCACAGGUCCAGCUGCCUGUUUCUCUUGAUCUUCCCCUCUUCCCCUCCAUCAUGAUGCAGCCAGUCCAGCACCCUGCACUUCCCCCUCAGCUCGCCCUGCAGCUGCCACAGAUGGACACCCUCUCUGCAGAUCUCACUCAGCUGUGCCAACAGCAGUUGGGGCUAGACCCCAGCUUUUUAAGGCACUCCCAAUUCAAACGGCCACGGACACGGAUUACAGACGAUCAACUGAAAAUCCUGAGAGCUUAUUUCGACAUCAAUAAUUCUCCAAGCGAAGAACAGAUCCAAGAAAUGGCAGAGAAGUCUGGCCUGUCUCAAAAAGUCAUCAAGCACUGGUUUCGAAAUACACUCUUUAAGGAGCGACAGAGAAACAAGGAUUCUCCAUACAACUUCAGCAACCCUCCUAUAACCGUCUUAGAAGACAUCCGAAUUGAGCCACAACCCACAUCUUUAGAACAUUACAAAUCAGAUGCCUCGUUCAGCAAAAGGUCAUCCAGAACACGGUUUACCGACUACCAGCUUAGGGUUCUGCAAGACUUUUUUGACACAAAUGCUUACCCAAAAGAUGAUGAAAUAGAACAGCUGUCUACUGUUCUCAACCUUCCCACUCGGGUUAUCGUUGUGUGGUUCCAGAACGCUCGCCAGAAAGCACGGAAGAGCUAUGAGAAUCAAGCCGAAGCUAAAGAUAACGAAAAAAGGGAACUUACCAAUGAACGGUAUGUUAGAACAAGCAACAUGCAAUACCAGUGUAAAAAGUGCAAUGUGGUCUUUCCAAGGAUCUUUGACUUGAUCACACACCAGAAAAAGCAGUGUUAUAAGGAUGAAGAUGACGAUGCCCAAGAUGAAAGUCAAACUGAAGACUCCAUGGAUGCCACUGACCAGGUGGUCUAUAAGCAUUGCACAUCAUCUGGCCAAACAGAUUCAUCCAAAAACACUGUGGCCCCCACAGCCAGUUCUGGCUCUGGGACUAGCACACCUCUGAUUCCAUCUCCCAAGCCAGAACCUGAGAAGAAUUCCCCAAAGCCUGAAUAUCCUGCAGAAAAGAUAAAGCAGAGCGAGCCCUCUCCUCCUUCCCAAGUCACCAAGGCAGCUCCCACAGCCAUAGCAACAUCUUCAGAGCCACAGCAGGCACCCGUAUCCCAGCCUCCACCACAGCCACCCAAACAAACCCAACUGAUUGGAAGACCUCCCUCUGCCUCUCAAACGCCAAUCCCUUCUAGUCCACUGCAGAUUUCCAUGACUUCUCUUCCAAACACUCUACCUCCACAGUUACUGCAGUACCCGUGUGACCAAUGCACCAUUGCCUUCCCGACCCUGGAGCUCUGGAAGGAACACCAACACAUGCACUUCCUCGCUGCUCAAAACCAAUUCCUUCACUCGCCAUUCUUGGAGAGGCCCAUGGACAUGCCCUACAUGAUAUUUGACCCCAACAAUCCACUGAUGACCGGACAGCUGCUGGGGAGCUCUCUCACACAAAUGCCACCACAGACCAGUACGUCCCACAGCACGGCCACGGCCAGUGUCGCUGCUUCCCUGAAAAGGAAACUGGACGACAAAGAUGAUAAUAACUGCAGUGAGAAGGAGGGCGGGAACAGCGGCGAAGACCAACACCGUGACAAACGCCUGAGAACUACCAUCACUCCGGAGCAGCUCGAAAUACUCUACGAAAAGUACUUGCUGGAUUCCAACCCCACCCGGAAAAUGCUUGACCACAUCGCACGAGAAGUAGGGCUUAAGAAGAGAGUGGUGCAGGUCUGGUUCCAGAACACGCGUGCCCGAGAGAGGAAAGGGCAGUUCCGGGCUGUGGGUCCUGCCCAGUCUCAUAAACGGUGCCCGUUCUGCAGAGCUCUGUUCAAAGCAAAGUCAGCCUUAGAGAGCCACAUUCGCUCUCGCCACUGGAAUGAAGGGAAGCAGGCAGGGUACAGCUUGCCACCAAGCCCUUUAAUAUCCACAGAGGAUGGGGGAGAGAGCCCACAGAAAUACAUUUAUUUCGAUUACCCAUCCUUGCCAUUAACUAAAAUUGACCUAUCUAGCGAGAACGAAUUGGCCUCCACAGUGUCAACGCCUGUUAGUAAAACAGCAGAGCUGUCUCCCAAGAAUCUCUUAAGUCCUUCUUCCUUCAAAGCCGAGUGUCCAGAGGAUGUCGAGAAUUUAAAUGCCCCUUCAGCCGAGGCUGGGUAUGAUCAGAAUAAAACUGACUUUGAUGAGACGUCAUCCAUCAAUACGGCCAUCAGCGAUGCCACCACAGGAGAUGAGGGGGCAGCAGAAACGGAAAACCCGGGAGUACCUGGGGAGGUGAAACCAGCUUUGUCUCCCAAGGAAACCAAAACUCUCGACUCUCUGCCAAAACCAGCAACUACACCCACCACCGAGGUCUGUGAUGACAAAUUUCUCUUUUCUCUCACGAGUCCAUCGAUCCAUUUCAGUGACAAAGAUGGAGACCAUGACCAAAGCUUUUACAUCACCGACGACCCCGAUGAUAAUGCUGACCGCAGCGAAACGUCAAGCAUAGCUGACCCCAGCUCGCCAAACCCAUUUGGGUCUAGCAACCCUUUUAAAUCCAAAAGCAGUGACCGGCCGGGCCACAAGCGCUUCAGAACCCAGAUGAGCAACCUUCAACUCAAGGUCCUCAAGGCUUGCUUCAGUGACUAUCGGACUCCGACCAUGCAGGAAUGUGAAAUGCUGGGCAGCGAGAUCGGUCUGCCCAAACGCGUGGUGCAGGUGUGGUUUCAGAAUGCCAGGGCAAAGGAAAAGAAGUUUAAAAUUAACGUAGGAAAGCCGUUCAUGAUCAACCAAGGCGGGACGGAAGGCACCAAGCCAGAGUGUACCCUCUGCGGCGUGAAGUACUCUGCCCGCUUGUCCAUCCGAGAUCAUAUUUUCUCCAAACAGCACAUUUCCAAAGUGAGGGAGACCGUGGGCAGCCAGCUGGACCGGGAGAAAGAUUACCUAGCUCCCACCACCGUUCGCCAGCUAAUGGCCCAGCAAGAGCUGGACCGUAUAAAGAAAGCUUCCGAUGUGCUGGGCCUAACCGUACAGCAGCCGGGCAUCACAGACAACUGCUCUCUCCACGGCAUCAGCUUGCCCGCAGCCUACCCGGGACUCCCCGGCCUGCCGCCAGUCAUUCUUCCUGGGAUGAAUGGUCCUUCCUCCUUGCCCGGAUUCCCACAAAAUGCAAACACCUUAACACCUCCCGGCGCAGGCAUGCUUGGGUUUCCUAGUUCAGCUACUUCGUCUCCUGCCCUGUCUCUUGGCAGUGCCCCCAACAAAUCUUUGCUGCAGACUCCACCACCACCGCCACCGCCACCGCCACCUCCUCCUCCUCCAUCCUCUCUGUCAGGACAGCAGACCGAGCCACAGAACAAAGAAGCCGAGAAAAAACAAACUAAGCCAAACAAGGUCAAAAAAAUCAAAGAGGAGGAAUCGGAGGCCAUUAAACCCGAAAAGCAUCCUAAAAAAGAGGAAAAAAUCUCAUCUGCUCUUUCAGUGUUGGGCAAAGUGGUAGGGGAAACACACAUGGACCCUACUCAGUUGCAGGCUUUGCAGAAUGCCAUUGCUGGCGACCCAGCAUCCUUUAUAGGAGGACAGUUCUUGCCAUACUUUAUCCCCGGGUUUGCUUCCUAUUUGACGCCCCAGCUCCCCGGAACAGUGCAAGGAGGCUACUUGCCGCCAGUGUGUGGCGUGGAGAGUCUCUUUCCCUACGGUCCCGCCGUGCCUCAGACGCUGGCGGGCCUGUCCCCAGGGGCGCUGCUGCAGCAGUACCAACAGUAUCAGCAGAGCCUGCAGGACUCUCUGCAGAAACAGCAGAAGCAACAGCAAGAACAGCAGCAGAAGCCAGUCCCUGCCAAGACAGCCAAAGGCGAGGGCGACCAGCAGCCGGGCCCCGUGGAGGCUUCGGAAGCGAAGGAAGAAAGGAGUACUGGCCCCGAAAGCACAAAAGAGCCCCAGUUAGAGUCCAAAAGCGCAGAGUUCUCAGACACUUACGUUGUUCCAUUCGUCAAGUAUGAGUUUAUAUGCAGAAAGUGCCAGAUGAUGUUUACUGACGAAGACGCUGCAGUAAACCAUCAGAAGUCCUUCUGUUACUUCGGUCAGCCUUUGAUCGACCCUCAAGAGACAGUGCUUCGCGUCCCAGUCAGCAAGUAUCAGUGUCUUGCCUGUGACCUGGCUCUCAGUGGGAAUGAAGCACUUAGCCAACACCUCCAGUCAAGCUUGCACAAAGAGAAAACAAUCAAACAAGUAAUGAGAAAUGCCAAAGAGCAUGUUAGAUUAUUACCUCACUCAGUCUGCUCCCCUCCUAACACCACAUCUACCUCGCCGUCUGCAGCUUCUUCUAAUAACACCUACCCUCAUCUCUCUUGCUUCUCCAUGAAGUCCUGGCCUAAUAUUCUUUUCCAAGCAUCCGCCAGGAAAGCUGCUCCUUCCCCCUCUUCUCCUCCCUCCCUCUCCUUGCCUUCAACGGUUACCUCAAGUUUGUGCAGCACCUCAGGGGUUCAAACCUCACUACCCACAGAAAGUUGUUCAGAUGAGUCUGACAGUGAGCUGAGCCAGAAGCUACAAGACUUAGAUAAUUCUUUGGAAGUAAAGGCUAAGCCUGCUUCUGGCCUAGAUGGUAAUUUCAAUAGUGUCCGAAUGGAUAUGUUCAGUGUGUAGGAGUGAAGACAGGAUCCCGUGCUUAAAAUUAAAAAAAAAAAAAAAUUAAA